AUGUCACUUUCUUCAAAACGCAAACGAGCCGGCAAUACCACAAAUUCUUCCAAACAAGCACCACCAAUUCAUACCGACAAAGAAUUCACACAAAACGCCACAACAACUUCUGUAAACUAUGAAGACGACAUAAACGACUUUUCUAUCGCUUCCUCGAACUCGUUUCACACUGACGACGAGUUACCAAUCUCUUCAAAAAGGUCAAAAAAUGAGCCUAAUACUCCGGAGGAAGAGGAAGCAAGUAUUAAUAGUAGUAGUAAUAGCAGUGUUAGUGAUGGUAGUGGAGCCUCUGCCACCAUAAUAGACACAAAAAACUUUCCGCACUCACCUCCGCUGUUGUCACCUUCUCAAUACACGUACACGGUAAAUCCACCACCGGUCGGUAGACCGAUUAGAAUUUAUUGUGACGGGAUCUUCGAUUUGUUCCAUUUCGGGCACGCUAGAAUGCUCGAGCAGGCUAAAAAAGCUUUUGGAGACGAAAGGGAGGUUUACUUACUGGUGGGAGUGUGCGAUGAUCAAUUAACGCGCGAGAAGAAAGGGAAGACCGUCAUGAACGGAUAUGAGCGCGCGGAAUCUUUGAGACAUUGUAAAUGGGUGGAUUGCGUGAUCGAGCACGCACCUUGGGUUGUUGAUCAAGAAUUUCUUAGUAAACAUCGUAUCGAUUAUGUGGCGCACGAUGAUAUUCCCUACGCGUCGAUCGAUACCUCCGAUGUAUACGCAUUCGUUAAGGAACAAGGGAAGUUUCUUCCGACACACCGUACUGAGGGUGUGUCUACCUCAGAUCUAAUAACACGCAUUGUAAGGGACUACGAUCAAUACGUGAGAAGAAAUCUGGAGAGGGGGGUUACAGCAAAGGAACUUAAUUUAGGUUUCUUAAAGGAACAAGAAGUAAAUCUGAAAAAGUCAAUAUCCGACAUAAAAACGUCGAUUCAUCAAAAUUGGCACGGGACGAAAACUGAACUGCGAAAUGACUUUUCAGAAUUAAAAAAUGAUUUGCGACAGACUUUUGCCGUGUGGGAGGAGAAAAGUCAAGAGUAUGUGCGAGAGUUCUCGCGAAAGUUUGGCGCUGAAUCCGUGGUGGAUAAAAUAUUCCGCCGACGAUCACGAAGAUCAAUGGUGGGAGGUGUAGCCAACGGAGAAGACUCCACCUCCACGAUAACGGGUGUUCCGCCAGAUCACCUACGCGUUCUGGCAACCCUAAUGUCAACAUAUCCGCUUGCUCUGACAUUUCGUAGUCUUCCCCCGAGAAAUCAAAACCUUAAACAUCUUUUUAGUUUAACCUUUGCUAUACUAGUCAUGUUUGGUAUGUUUGAUGUGGCUAAUACGACGUCAUUGUCGCGUUUUGCCACGGGUGUUUAUGGGUUCUUGGUGUGCGCGUUACUUUGUUACGCAGUUACGGUCUAUGUGAAAGGAAAGUGGGCUCCAAGAAUUGUGUUUUUCUUGGCAAUGGGGCAUUUGAGUGUCAGCGCUAGACUUUCCAAUGACAAAUUUGACUUAACGGGGCCACAAAUGAUUCUCGUGAUAAAACUGACCACUUUUGCAUUUAGUGUUUAUGAUGGACAAAAACCAAUUAAAGAAUUAACACCAUAUCAAAGAAAUAAACGUAUUGUAGUCUUGCCAUCUUUACUUGAAUUUCUCGGUUAUGUAUUCUUCUUUGGUGGCUUUUUAGUUGGACCGGCAUUUGAGUUUAUGGAUUAUCGUCAAUUCAUCACAAUGGGCAUGUACAAACUCUCAUCUAAAACUCUGAAGCGUAUUCAAUUGCAACAUCAUGAUGAGAUCGACCAGAGCCUGCAAAACAACAUUAUCGGUCAAAAUAACGGACAAAUAACAGAUAAUCAAAAAGAUGAUGACGAUGACGAUGAAAAGAAAAACCUUUACUAUAUUCCAGAUGGAUUUUAUCCGGCCGUGCGGAAAUUACUGUUUGGAUUUUUUUGGAUUACAUUGAGUAUGUUGAUGGCAAAGGAAUUCACGAUUGAGUGGACGUUGAGUGAAGAGUAUAAGAAAAAAUCGUUCUUGUAUAAAUUCUAUUAUAUACAAAUCGCUGCAUUCUGUGCCCGAUUCAAAUAUUAUGUUGUGUGGUUAAUCGCUGAAGGAGCUUGUAUUCUAUCAGGAUUAGGGUUUAAUGGAUACGACGACAAGGGGAACGCUAAAUGGAAUCGUGUCACAAAUAUUGAUGUCAUCGCCUACGAAACAGCCGAUAAUAUCAAGACUCUGUUAGAAGCGUGGAACAUGAACACGAACAUAUGGUUGAAAAAUUACGUGUAUUUACGCGUAACUCCAUCUGGCAAGAAACCAACCUUUUUCUCGACUUUUGCCACAUUUGGGACUAGCGCUUUAUGGCAUGGAUUUCUCCCAGGCUAUUAUCUAACUUUUGUGAGUGGUGCAUUCGUUCAGAGUACACACAGAGCCAUAAGACGCAACAUUCGCCCAUUCUUCCUCACUCCAACACUAUCACCAUACAAACGAAUCUACGACUUAACUGGCUGGUUUGCCACGCAAAUCACCAUAAACUACCUGAUCGUCCCGUUUCUUCUUUUAUCCCUUCGACAAUCGCUCCACGUCUGGAAGUUAAACUACUUUAUCGCACACGUUGGCGUCAUACUGAUAAAUGUGUUGUUCGCAAUGGGUGCCGGUAAAAUGUUGAUGAGAACGCGUGUGCUGUUGUCGAACAAAAAAGACUUGUUGAAACAAGUAGAAAAAUCGACAAACGGAGACGCGAAGGAUAUCGGAGAAAAUAUUGAGAAUGCGGUUGUGCCUGAAUAA